ACUAACAGCACAUCCAUCAAUAGCAACUAUAUACAAAUUUAAAGUAAGGUUUAAACUUUAAACUAGUAGAUUAAUUAUAUCCGAAGCAUGGAUCUUUGUAUAACAUUAUUGUUGAGGUGGGCUUUGGGACUAGUGGUUUGCAUGAUGGUUGUUAUAGUGAAUGAUAGGAAUAUAGGGCAUGCAUGCAGUGAGGGAGAGAGGAUUGCACUUUUGAAGUUAAAAGAUGCUAUCAAUGAUACUAAUGGAACUGCCUUACCUACAUGGGAUAGCCACAACAACAAUGAUUGCUGUGAUUGGGAGAGGGUCAUAUGUGACAACACCACUACAAACCCAAGGCCAGUAGUAACACAACUUGUUCUUGAUAAGAUAAGAGAUUUUGAACUCACUAAUAAUGCAUAUUGGUCCUUAAAUGCUUCUUAUCUGCUUCCCUUCUCUGAACUUCAAGUGUUAGACUUGUCCUGGAACUAUUUGACAGGUGUAAAUGGUGUUAUCAGAUUAAACAACUUGCAAGUUCUUAGUUUAAAGGGGAACCCUUUAACUCAAGUUCCAUCUUUGGAUGAAUUGCCAGUGGUUCAGAUGUUAGAUCUAUCUUUCACAGGUCUCACCAAUUUUCAUUUUCUGCAAGAAAUUUCUACUUUAAGCAAGUUGGAGGUCCUGGAUCUUGGGAAUAAUUUACUAUCUGGAAGCCUACCAGGAUCAAUUGGAAACAUUGGCUCUUUACCAACUCAAGGAGGCUUAUGUAAGCUCAAGAAUCUUCAGCACUUGGACCUUAGCCACAACCAGUUUGUAGGACAGAUUCCACUAUGUUUUAGCAACCUAACAUCUCUCCAUGUAUUUGAUGUUGCACAUAAUCAGUUUCAAGGAGUUUUCCCUUCUUUGUUCAUAUCUAGUCUCAAAUCACUAUCAUAUGUUUCUCUAUCUAAUAACUUUUUCCGAGGCUCCUUUAGCUUCAGUUCACUUGCCAAUCACUCUAACCUUGAAGUCUUUGAUCUGUUUAGCUACAAUUCUCAAUUGAAGGUUGAAACUGAGAAUCCUCCUUUCAUCCCUUUGUUUCAAUUAAAGGUCUUGCGCUUAUCGAAUUGCACGCUCAAUGAACACACCAAGGGCAUUCCUAGCUUUCUUUCAUACCAAAGUGACUUAAGAGUGAUUGAUCUUAGCUAUAACAGCAUCAUAGGAAGGUUCCCCCACUGGAUACUGAUAAAUAACACAAGACUAGAAGUUCUUGAUCUUGGUAACAAUUUCUUGACUGGACCCCUUGAGCUCAAUUGUACUUCAAGAUAUCAAGAUAUGAAUACUUUGGAUAUUUCACACAAUCCUAUCAAAAGCGAAAUUCCCAGUUGUGUUGGCGCCAUCUUUCAGAAUUUAAGAGUCUUGAACAUGUCCAAAUCUGAAUUGCAUGGUGUCAUUCCAGCUUCAAUGGGAAAUAUGGCCCUGCUUAUGAUAUUAUAUUUGUCAUCAAACAGUUUGUCUGGCCUAUUGCCGGCUGAGUUCUUGAAAGGUGUGAAGUCAUUGGAGUUUCUGAAGUUAUCUAAGAAUGACCUGUUUGGUCCAAUAUUGUCUUCUAAAGCCGAGUUAGGCCAAUUGCGUGUUUUGCGCCUGGACAAUAAUCACUUUACCGGAGAGAUCUCAGAUAUGUUCAUGAAUAGUUCUCUGCCUAAGAAGCACAGACACGGACACGGACACGGGACACGACACGGACACGGACACGGAGACACACCAAAAUUAAAAUUUUACCGGACACGGACACGGCAUAUAUAUAUUAAAUUUUAAGAAAAAAAAUCAAAAGUCAUAAUAUAUAUC